UUAUGUGAAUUCACAGAGUAAUCAAUUUUGUUCCCCCUCUCUUCCUCGGCUGUCAGCUGACCUGAGGAUUAGUUUCAUAGGAAGGAUUCUUUCUUUAGAAUAAUAUGGAGCGACUUCUUUUCCAGGGGCACCAGCCCGGCCUCACGUUAAAAUGUCGCUGAAAAACGAGUCCAGAGUAAAUACCUCUGCUCUGCAGAAAAUCGCAGCAGACAUGAGCAACCUGAUAGAGAAUCUGGACACUCGGGAGCUCCAUUUUGAAGGGGAGGAGGUGGAAUAUGAUGUGUCUCCUAGUGACCCCAAAACUCAGGAAGAAUGCAUCCCUUUCUCUGCUGUUUAUAAUACUCAAGGAUUUAAGGAGCCAAAUAUACAGACAUAUCUCACCGGCUGUCCAAUCAAAGCCCAAGUCUUAGAAGUAGAGAGAUUCACAUCUACUACUAAGGUACCUAGUAUCAAUCUGUACACUAUUGAAUUAACACAUGGGGAAUUUAAAUGGCAAGUGAAGAGGAAAUUCAAACACUUUCAAGAAUUUCAUCGGGAGCUGCUCAAGUACAAAGCCUUUAUUCGAAUCCCUAUUCCCACCAGAAGGCACACUUUUAGAAGACAGAAUGUCAAAGGGGAGGGCCCUCGAGAGAUGCCCAGUCUGCCUCGUUCAUCAGAAAAUGGAAUCCGGGAAGAGCAUUUCUUUAGCAGAAGGAAACAACUGGAAGAUUAUUUGACAAAAAUACUGAAAAUGCCCAUGUAUAGAAACUACCAUGCAACAACAGAAUUCCUUGAUAUAAGCCAGCUGUCUUUUAUCCGUGAUUUGGGACCAAAGGGCCUAGAAGGAAUGGUUAUGAAAAGAUCUGGGGGACACAGAAUUCCAGGAUUGAACUGCUGUGGCCAGGGAAGGGCGUGCUACCGAUGGUCAAAAAGGUGGCUGAUAGUGAAAGAUUCCUUCUUACUCUACAUGAAACCUGACAGCGGGGCCAUCGCCUUUGUCCUGCUGGUGGACAAGGAGUUCCAGAUCAAGGUGGGGCGGAAGGAGACAGAAACCAAGUACGGCGUUCGGAUCGAUAAUCUUUCAAGGACACUUAUUUUAAAAUGCAACAGCUACCGACACGCUCGGUGGUGGGGAGGGGCCAUAGAAGAGUUCAUCCAGAAACACGGCACCAACUUUCUCAAAGAUCACCGAUUCGGAUCUUAUGCAGCCAUCCAGGAGAACACAUUAGCCAAAUGGUAUGUUAACGCCAAGGGAUAUUUUGAAGACGUGGCAAAUGCAAUGGAAGAAGCCAGCGAGGAGAUAUUUAUCACAGACUGGUGGCUGAGUCCAGAAAUCUUCCUGAAACGACCUGUGGUUGAAGGAAAUCGCUGGAGGCUGGACUACAUUCUUAAACGAAAAGCACAACAGGGAGUGCGGAUCUUCAUCAUGCUUUAUAAAGAGGUGGAGCUUGCACUUGGAAUCAACAGUGAAUACAGCAAGAAAGUGUUAAUGAGGCUGCACCCCAACAUAAAGCUGCCAAGCUUCCUAGGGGGUAAGGGGUACAGUCCCCAUUAUGAGGAGCUACAACCUCUUGGGGGUAAUGGGGGAACCACAGAGUCAGAGGCCUCGAGGUGCAAUUCCUGUCCGGAGGACAGUGAUGACCAUGACAGCGGCUCCAUCCGCAGCCUACAGACAGGUGUGGGAGAGCUACAUGGGGAAACCAGAUUCUGGCACGGCAAAGACUACUGUAAUUUUGUCUUCAAAGACUGGGUUCAACUGGAUAAGCCUUUUGCUGAUUUCAUUGACAGGUAUGCCACUCCACGCAUGCCCUGGCAUGACAUUGCCUCCGCCGUCCAUGGAAGGGCAGCUCGAGACGUGGCCAGGCACUUCAUCCAGCGCUGGAACUUCACCAAGAUUAUGAAACCAAAAUAUCGGUCUCUUUCUUAUCCUUUCCUGCUUCCAAAGUCUCAAACUACUGCCCACGAGCUGAGGUAUCAGGUUCCUGGAGCAGUACAUGCUACUGUGCAGUUGCUCCGCUCAGCUGCUGACUGGUCCGCUGGAAUCAAGUACCACGAAGAGUCCAUCCACUCUGCUUACAUCAGUGUCAUCCAGAGCAGCAAGCACUACAUCUACAUCGAAAACCAGUUUUUCAUAAGCUGCGCUGAUGACAAGGUUGUCUUCAACAAGGUGGGCGACGCCAUUGUCCAGAGGAUCCUGAAAGCUCACAGGAAAGGCCAGAGAUACCGGGUGUAUGUUGUGAUUCCCCUCCUGCCUGGGUUCGAAGGAGACAUUUCAACUGGGGGAGGAAGUGCACUGCAGGCGAUAAUGCAUUUCAACUACAGCAUUUCUUUACCAUUUUUUACUUUAAGAACAGAAAUGCCUUAUACUCAGCAUGCACUAGUACAUUUCUUGGUGUGGAGGAUUGGUAAUCAGUGGAUAAAUUACAUUUCAUUCUGUGGUCUUAGAACACAUGCCCAGCUUGAGGGAAAUCUAGUCACCGAGCUUAUCUACGUCCACAGCAAGCUUCUUAUCGCUGACGAUAACACGGUCAUUAUUGGCUCCGCUAACAUCAACGACCGCAGCAUGCUGGGGAAGCGCGACAGUGAGAUGGCGAUCAUGGUGCAGGACACAGAGACGAUCCCUGCUGUGAUGGAUGGGAAAGAGUACCAGGCUGGCUGCUUCGCCCAUGGGCUUCGCCUGCAAUGCUUCAGGGUUGUCCUGGGCUACCUUUCUGACCCAAGUGAGGACAUCCAGGACCCAGUGAGUGACAAAUUCUUCAAGGAUGUGUGGGUCUCAACAGCAGCUCGAAAUGCUACAGUGUAUGAUAAGGUGUUCCGGUGCCUUCCUAAUGAUGAAGUACACAAUCUAAUGCAGCUUCGGGACUUCAUAAGCAAGCCUAUCCUAGCCAGGGAAGAUCCCCUUCGAGCUGAGGAAGAACUGAAGAAGAUCCGCGGAUUCUUGGUCCAAUUCCCCCUUUAUUUCUUGUCUGAAGAAAACCUCCUGCCUCCUGUUGGAACUAAGGAGGCCAUAGUGCCCAUGGAGGUGUGGACCUAAGACAUAAGCAUGGUUGCUGCUCAUGGACUUCUGCUCUGAAGACUGCAUUACACACAGUACACACAGAGGCUUCAUGGGACCACACAGCCAGAGCUAGACCUGUUGCACUCCUGGAUCCUUAGGAAUGGCGGAGGAAGACUCCGUCAUACACAUGCGAGGCCAGAAUUCAUUAGUAUAGAAUUUUCCACUCCAAUUCCUGUCCCAAUGAAAAGGACUUUAUUGUUAGUAGUAGUAUAGAAUCAAUGAUUUAAACCACAGGAGCAAAUUCCAUGAUAUAUACCAAAAUCCUUCUCCUUUGCUAGCCAAGAUCUAGCAGUUACUGGGGUCCAGGUUCCCUACAUCUCAUUCUUCGCUGCCCCUCGUGUAUACAGCCACCCUCUACUGGAUCCGACUCGUCUCCUAGUCCACACUCACAGUGCUUGGGCUGUCAUUGUGUGAAACAAGCUGUAAGGUUUUUUCAAGAUUCCUUAAGGUUAUAAUGGAGCGGCCUUGUCCAGCUGGUUCUUACGCAGGAGUGUCCACACCCAACCAAUGACUUGGUCAGUGUUCCUUUUCACAUAGUACAGGGACAGGGCAGACUACACAGAAGGCCAGGCUAGGCCCUGGUGAUAAUGUGGAUAGCCAUCCGGAUACCACAGAAUGACAGGAAGGAGCAUACCUCCCGUAAGCCAGAUUUCACUCUGUUGCCAAAGCCACUGCCAAGAUCAGUGCUUAUGACUAAGCACACUUGAUGAGAUUGGAAACCCUCGGGUAGGAUAUGGGUGUAUUGUAGUAACCAGAUAAAUCUCAGCAGGAGCCUUCAAAACUGCCUAGGUGUCCAUGAGAGUCUGAGCGAGAUAAGAAAGCUCCUUAGCAUCUCCCAGAUUCCCUUGCAGUCUUAGCUCCUGGCUUGAUUGAAAUUUGAAUUUCUUCAUUUCAGACUCAAAGCAGUGAAUGCAACUUGUCUUUGAAGAAAAGCUAUACUUAAUGACUUCCAGCAACUUAAUGCAUGAGUCCAUUUGACAGCCUUCUCAUGAUAUUUCCCCUUUAAAACAAAGUCAUUGAUUAGAACCUAGGUACUCCUUUGCUUGCAUGGUAAAAUAGGCCCCAACAUUCCACCAGGGCAGCUGAAGAAAUUGUGCACAUGGUUCAUCCCAUUGUGCUAGUCUAUGAACCAUUCUGGAAAGCCAUUUCCUCUUUCUGGAUGUGCAGGUACCUUUGAUAGACCAAAGGUCUGAGUUUACUAAGCAGACUUCUGACCACAUGAAGAGCUCAGGGGGUGCCCCAGAGGCUUGGGACUGGUACACGUGGUGCUGGUGUGGUGAUGGUGCGCAGAGAGAGAUGGCCAGGACAGGAUCUCCCUUAGGCUCUUCUUCAGCGCAAUCUCCCAGUCCCUGUUUUUAUGAGCUGAUAUUCCAGUUGAAAAGAUGUGCCAGACUUCCAUGCCAGUGGUAUCGGUUAGUAGAAGAGACAGCGUCAGACCCCAAGAAAGGGCUUUACAACCAGAGGACCAGGUAUAAAUAGGGUGAGAUUUUGUGACCAAUGGGAGGAGAAACAUACUUCUAUAGCUAUUGUAAAUAAGACAUUUUUACAUUGAAAGAGGGUGAGAUUGCAUAUGAAGUACUAAAUAUAUAUUUAAGGAAUUCUGUGUGUGCAUAUGCUUGCCCAUGCCUGUGCCCGUGCCUGUGUCUAUACUAGGGCUUGA